AAUGGCCUUCUAUUUAACAGGUAUGAUUUUAAAUGAUGUUUUCAUUAGCAACAGAUAGAUAUGGAUCUAAUAAGAUGCAGUUAUAACAUGUGAACGAGAUUCAUCGUUUCCUGAAAGAGAAAACUGUUAACGUUCAAACAGAUAAUGGAAAAAAAGAAUAUGUGUGGAAAGACUUAUACGGACAAAGAUUGGCAGUCUGGGAAAUCCUUGUCUGGUUGUACAAUGUAUAUACUAGAAAACGGAUUAAUGUGUAAUGUCUCCUUUAAAGUUGGUCCUGCGCAGAAAAUUAUAAGAGCACAUAAAUUAAUACUUGCCACUCGCAGCUCUGUUUUCUAUACAAUGUUUGAAGGUUCCAUUCCAGAAACCGAUAAUAUAGUGAUUUCUGAUGUGAAUGAAGAUACGUUUAACUUAUUCCUGCGAUGGAUGUAUACCGACCAAAUGAAAGUAUCGUCAAAAAAUGUAAAAGAGAUGCUUUAUAUAUCCGAAAAGUAUAUGUUUUAUAGUGGAAGAGAAGCUUGCGAACAAUUCCUUGAGCAAUCGUUGACUUCCAGCAAUGCAAUUAUCAAUCUUCAAACAUCUGUUGAAUUCCAUUUAUUGGAUCUUCAAUGUGCAAGCCUUACAUAUAUUCAUCAGCAUCCAAGUAAAUGUUUAGACAAUGAGCAAGGCAUUGACAUAGAUAAUGAAUGCAUGAAAUUGAUUGUAGAAGCAGAAGCAUUCAACUGGACGGAAACCCAAAUUUGCAAAUUUGCAAUGAAAUGGGCAAAUAAAAAGUGUCAAUUAUCACAUGAAGAUCCAUCAGGAGAAAAUACUAGACGAAUUUUGGGAAGUUUAUUAUAUUCAAUUAGAUUUCCCUUAGUUGAUAAACAAUAUUUCACAAAUGAAAUAACUAGUGUUGGUCUUCUGAAUAAUGCAGAGAUUAUAAGUGUUUAUCAAUCAUUUUUUGGAAAAGAAAAUAAGUAUUUUUCAACCAGGGAAAGAUUGAAAAUAAUAUAUGAAAUUUGAACCUGAAGGCUUUUUCUCAGAUAUUAGUAAUUCAGAUCGUAAUUCUCCAGUUCGUUGUCGUAAAGAAUGAUCCAGAUAAAGAUCACCUCAAUAUAAAAACUUGUCAAAAAAAUGGAAAAAAUAAAACUAAUUUUACUUGUGGCAGCAACUUUCAAUUAUUAUUAACAGAAAAAGAUAAAUGCAAUGGUUCAAUUCGUAUUAACGCUAUGACAUUUUUAGACGUUUCUGUGAACAAGUUUUCCAUAAAAGUGUUAUUUUUUAUUAUAAAAGUAUUUUUAUAAUAGUAUAUUACAAAUGCAUCACAACGCUAAACUAUAUAUUUUUCUUAAUACAAGAAACAAUGCAAGACCUUAUAAAGGUAUAAAUGGUUCCGAAUGUCAAAUGUUGAUGCUGUGCUGUUAUAUAUUUGGUUUUAAUGUUGUGUUUAUGUUAUUUCAUAUUUGGUAAA